GGAAACCCUCAAACAGAAAAAGGGGCGAUCCUUUUUGUAGGGUGGAACAGAUGGUGGAGGACAGCGCCGUUGUCAACAUGGAGGAGCUGGACAAUGACGCCGAUCUCGACAACAUGGCAAAGACGGACAAUGACAACGAUGACUUGAACGAGGAGCAUAUAAAAAAAGAUGACGUUUUUGUGCCCGUGAAUGAUGAGCAACUCAAAGACGACGUCAAUGUCCCUAAGAAUCUCACCGACGACAACAAUCUUGGUGUGGUAACUAUAGUCCCAACUUAUAGUUUAACAUGGAAGCACUUGUGGUUCCAUAAUCAAGAUGAUGAACCAGCUUCUAGAGGGAAGAAAUUAAAGCAGAGGAAGGACGCAACUAGAAUUAAGAAAAGAUUGAAGUCUACAGGGGAACACGCUAGCGAGUAGGCAGUCAAAUAAUUUAAUAAUGAGCUCAAGAGGAAGAUAGCAAAACAUAAAAUUUCUUGCUCGUUUGUUUCAUCAAUAGUUCUUAUGAAUGUUAAUCGUAUGUGACAAACUAUAUCAAAACAUAGUUAAUUUGGUUUUUUUUUUAAUAGAAUUUGGUUGUGUUUGAUGG